GUGGGGGAAGAAAAACACCUCUUCCUCUCUCUACAAAAGCGUCCAUCCUUCAUCCCUUCUUCAUCAUUCGCCGAAAAGAGAAAGAGAGAAGAAGAAGACAAACAGAAGAACUUAUUCUACACUCCAGAGAAACGCAAAACCUCAGGAAAAGGAUGGCAUCAUCAGGAAUACAGAUGAUCUGUGUGUUUUUUGGACUUCUUGGCCUCAUCGCUGCCAUAGUCACCUGCGUCCUUCCCAGUUGGAAAGUUUCCUCCUUCACUGGACAGAACAUAAUCACAGCUCAGGUGCAGCAGGAAGGCCUGUGGAUGGAGUGUGUGUACCAGAGCACAGGCCAGCAGCAGUGCAAAGCCUACGAGUCCAUGCUGAUCCUGGGCUCGGACAUCCAGGCGGCACGUGCCAUGACCAUCGUGUGCUGCAUGGUGUCUGCAAUCUCCUUGCUGAUUUUGUUUGCCGGCGCCGAUUUCACCACCUGUGUGGAAAACGAAGAUGCCAAGCCGAAGAUCUGCAUGGCGGCGGGUGUGGGCCUGCUCAUAGCCGGCCUGCUGCUCAUCAUCCCCGUCAGCUGGACGGCCAACAACGUUGUGAGCAACUUCAACAACCCUCUGUCGAACCCGACGAACCGCAGAGAGCUCGGCCCAUGCAUCUUCAUCGGCUGGGCUGGAGGAGUGCUCCUCAUGCUGGCUGGGGGUCUUCUGUGCUGCUUCAGCCGCCCGCGAUCCGGAAGCUCCGGAGGAACCGCCAAAUACUACAGCAAUGGUGCCUCAGCUCCAUCUAAAAACUACGUCUAGACACAGUCUCUCUCAAAUAUCAAAUAGAAAAAACUAGAAUGCGUCAGUCUAAAACACUACUGAUAAUAAAUAUUAUAACGACAGGAGGCGGGGCGUUCAAAAUCAGAAUUACAAACAAGGAAGCAGAAAAAGUUUCCAAUGAUUUCCAAGAAGAAAAUUGCUAUUAAUACUCUACAUUAUUUUUUACGUAUUUUACAAACCAGCAAGCAAUUUAAGCUGCCUUUAUAUUGUAAUAUCUGCAAAAUAUUAUACAUACAAAUUUUCUCAGUGGUUAAAACCAGUCCUAAUUUGAAUAAAUAAAAUGUGGGCGGAGCUUCUUUACUGAUAAAAUUUGCUGUGCGUGCUUAUACACUAUUACGAGUAAAUCUCAAACCUCACAGUCUGUAAAUAUUCCAUUAUUAUUAUUCCAUCCAGUAAAAAUUUUUUUAUACGUUUUAUUUUAUUUUGCAGGGUUUUUUUGUUAUUAUGAUGCAGUCAGAACAGCUGGAGUUUUUUUUUGCAUGAACGCUUGAAAACCGUGUAUUUUAUAGCUUUUAGCGGGAAAUCUGUCCAUUAGAGCAGCUGAAGAUGAGUGAGAAGUCAGGAUAGUCAGUAGAGAAGCUUUUUUAGAUGUAAAACGUGUGAUGAGAUCUGUGUGUAACGUCACUUUGUAUCGAUAAAAUGAUUCAAAUGUCAAUUUAUUAAAAUUUACUUUCCAAUUGA